UCCCAACAAGACCUCGUCAACGAGAGCGGAAGAAGACCUGGUCCUUCUACUUUGAUUCUAAAGACAAAAGACCAUGUCUGACGCUGGAGACGAAAUUCAAGUCGAUGCCCCGGAGGUCGAGGUCUCCCAGGAGGCCCCGAAGGGCAAGAUGUCCGUUGAGGACGCCCUCAAGCAAGUCCUCAAAAACGCGUUGAUCCACGAUGGGUUGGCUCGCGGUCUCCGCGAGUGCGCCAAGGCGCUCGACAAGCGCCAGGCCCAUCUGUGCGUGCUCGUCGAGACCUGCACGGAGGCCGAGUACCUCAAGCUCAUUGAGGCGCUCUGCGCUGAGCACAAGAUCAACCUGAUCAAGGUCGGUGACGCCAAGGUGCUCGGUACCUGGGCCGGUCUUUGCAAGAUCGACCGUGAGGGCAACCCCCGUAAGGUCGUCGGCUGCACCUGCGUUGUCGUCAAGGACUACGGUGUCGAGAGCGAGGGUCUCCACGUCCUCCUCGACUACUUCAAGAACCGCUAAGCUAUUCGGUAAGUCUUCAAUCUGAUACCUCCUCUGCGCUUAGCGUGCUUCUCUGGCAUUCCUUGAUGACAAAAAAGACUCCCUCUUCCGAGCUAUGCUUUGAGGAUAUCGUCUAUCCGGAAUCAUUAUAUUUUGUCUGACACGGAUCUCUCUCUUCCCUAAUAUUCACUCCUGGCUUGUCUGCUAACUUGACGCUCAGAUGCCUGUAGCAUAGCCGUAUUGUAGCCCAAUCACAAACAUCUGUGUGACACUCG